AAUGAAUGAGAUGAAAGAGAUUGAGAAAGAGGAAAGAGGAAAAAGAAAGGAGAGGAUAUAAACUAGAGAGUGGUAGGGAAGUAAAGGGAGGAUACAAGGGUAAAUUCAAGUCAAAACUCAAAAGAGGGAGGGAACCCGUUGGAAUGGGGCUCAUAAACGGAGAAAUUUAACGUUUGCCGUUACAAGGUAGUGUUACUCAAUCAUAUGAAACUUAUAAGGUAGAAAAAUAUAAAAAAGUUUUUAUAAGGUAGUAAUUCACAAUACGUCCAAACAGUAGUGUUUCACAAAAUUUCCUAAAAAUUAUCCGCAUAUGGCAUACUACUCGUAGAAGUUUCGUUGACCGUAUCAGGCGGCUUCUCCAUACGACCAUUCUGAACACUAGCAACGAUUUUUCACUCAGAGUUCUUAAUUCUCCGACUCCGAAUUCUCUCUCUAUUUUCUCUCUACUUUCUCUUAAUUUCCAAUCCAAAAAACAAAAAUGGUGUCAUCAUCAUCAAAAACCAUUGAUCGACUUCAGAAGGAACUUCCUGUGAAACAGGAUACUCUGCUUUUGCCCGACAACAACUCCACCGGCCUUGUCCUUGUCGACCUCGUCAAUGGAUUCUGCACUGUCGGAGCCGGAAACCUCGCUCCAAAAGUGCCGAAUGGGCAAAUUGCGCAAAUGGUGGAUGAAGCGACGAAAUUAGCUAGGGUUUUUUGCGACAAAAAAUGGCCAGUUUUCGCGUUCCUUGAUUCUCAUGAUCCUGAUGUUCCUGAACCUCCUUACCCCCCUCAUUGUUUUGCCGGCACUUCUGAAUCCAAAUUUAUUCCAGAAUUGGAAUGGUUGGAAGGUGAAGCUAAUGUAACAAUGAGGCUCAAAGAUUGCAUUGACGGAUUCCUUGGUUCAAUGGAGGAAGAUGGAUCCAAUGUGUUUGUUAAUUGGGUGAAAUCAAACGAGAUUAAAGCUGUAUUGGUUGUAGGUAUAUGUACAGAUGUGUGCGUGUUCGAUUUCGUAUCCUCUGCACUUUCUGCCAGGAACCGGGGCAUACUUACUCCUCUACAAGAUGUGAUUGUGUACUCUCAAGCCUGUGCCACAUAUGACCUUCCACUGCAUGUUGCAGAAACCAUCAAAGAUACAAUAGCACAUCCGCAGGAUUUGAUGCAUCAUAUAGGCCUGUAUAUGGCUCAGGGAAGAGGAGCCAAAGUGGUAUCAAAGGUGUCCUUCACUACACAGCUGUGAGUCUUGGUGGCCAAUUGCUGCAGAAAACGAAACGGUACGUGUAAAUCAUGACAGAGAAAUGAUGAAAUCAUGACAGAAAACGAAGCGGUACGUGUAAACAUACAUACCUUGAAGGCUUUGUUCCAGCCAUUUGGAUUGUUUAGUCCUAACAUGACUUGCAUACCACCAAGAAUAUGCAUUGCUUGCUGCCCUCUGCAACAUUUCUGAAUUCCGGUUUUGGUUUGAUCUUUGAAUACUUGUAUGAUGAUUGCUGUAAUGUUUUCGGAUUCCUUAAUCAACGAACGAAAAAUGGCAGAAAAUAGUUUAUCUUUGUA